CCUGCGCUUCCGUGUUUACACACCCACAAAAAAAAAAAAGAAGCAGGACACCAGCGGCCGUCAGCUGAAUGUUUACCGAGCAGGCAUAGAGGGCUGGUGCGGAAAGUGACGGCCACACUGGAGCCCUGGUGCAUGGUGAGACUCGGGUGAUUUCAGCUUCCACUUGUCGCAACUCCCAGCGGAAUGUUCACUCGCAGGGGCCAUGGAGACGUCAAGAAAUCUACACAGAAAGUUCUGGACCCAAAGAAGGACGUGCUGACCCGGCUCAAGCACCUCCGCUCGCUGUUAGAUAUCAUCGACAAGAGUGAACUGAAGGCAUUCUUCGAGAACAACUGUUCUCAGAUUUAUUUUAUCUUCUAUGAAAGUUUCAUUACACUGGAAAGCAACUUAAAACAAAAAGGGAACAAAUCUCAAAGGGAGGAGCUGGACUCUAUCCUCUUUAUUUUUGAAAAAAUUCUACAGCUUCUGCCAGAGAAAAUCUACAACCGAUGGCAGUUUCACAGUAUAGGUUCUAUACUGAAAAAGCUUCUACACACUGGAAAUUCAUUCAAGAUUCGAUGUGAGGGGAUCCGUCUGUUCCUGCUGUGGCUGCAGGCCCUGAGGGACAACUGUGCUGAGGAGCAGUUUCUUAUCUUUGCAUGUCUGGUGCCAGGGUUCCCUGCUGUGCCCUCCACCAGAGGGCCCUGCACCCUUGACACCAUCAUUUACAACCCCUUCUCCAAUCCCCCUGAUGCUAAAGUGGUGCCUGAGGAGAUCACCCCGCUCGUUCCAGCUGUGGCUGGGGAAAAAGUUGCAGAGGACCAGACCUGUUACAUCCUCGAAACCCUGCUCAAGUACAUGGUCAUUCAGGCAUCCAGUUUAGAAUGGAGGAACAAAGAGAACCAGAACACAGGCUUCAGGUUUCUCUUCAGCCUCUUCAAGAAGUACUACCUUCCACAUUUAUUCCCCUCCUUCACCAAGCUCACAAACCUCUACAAGCCUUUAUUAGACCUCCCGCACCACAGACCAAAACCCUUGUAUGUGCCAGUGACGCGGAACAAUGAGAGCACCUUCUGCACCAGGGACCAGUAUCUGGCGCCCCGUGUGGCCUUCAUCACCUGGCUGGUCACCUUCUUCCUGGAGAAGAAGUAUGUCAGCAGUGCUGCUGCAGCGCAGGGCGCCAAGAAUGGCACCGAGGUCAUACCCAAACUCAUCCAGACUGUCACUGCAGGCAGUAGCAGCCAGGAGAAGAAGGAGGAUAAGAUAUCGGACGGGGAUGCGAAUGGGCCAGCGGGGGAGCCUGAGAAGAGCCACUCCAACAGCAGCACGCUGUCGGAUCGGCGGCCCAGUGAUUCCAGUUUGUGUAGCAUUGAGGAGGAGCACCGCUAUGUCUAUGACAUGGUGCACGCCAUCCUGCUGUCCACCCGGGACAACGUGAAUUUUGUCAACGAGGUCUUCCACCAGGCUUUCCUGCUGCCGUCCUGCGAGGCGUCAGCUACCAGGAAGGUGAUCAAAGUGUACAGGAAGUGGAUUCUGCAGGACAAGCCCGGCUUCAUGACCGAGCCGGAGAAAACAACACAGGAAGAUGAAGUGGAUGACAGCUCUGAACAGAUUCUCAACACUGAGACAAACAACAUGCAUGUACAGGCGGAGAUUCACGGUCACAGACGGUCAUCGAGCUGGGGGAGGACGUACUCCUUCAGCAGCGCCAUCAGUCGGGGCUUCCUCACUGAGCAGCAGAACAGGGACGUCAAGGCUGGCAUCCAGCCUACACUACAGGUGUUCCUGACCAACUCGUCCAACGUGUUCCUGUUGGAGCCGUGCCAGGAUGUUCCCAAACUCUUGGAAAACCAGGUUGAGGUGUGCAAGGGUGUUCUUAGCAUCUACCGUCACAUGAUCAUGGAGCACACGAUGAAUACACAGACAUGGGAGCAGAUGUUGCAGGUACUACUGAGGAUCACUGAGGCGGUGAUGAAGAGGCCACAGGAAAACCAAAGAAAAGACAGUUUUGCUGAAAGUCUAGCGUCAAUACUCUUUAGGACCAUCAUCGUGGCGUGGGUGCGAGCCAACCUGUGCGUAUUUAUCUCCCGGGAGCUAUGGGACGAGCUGCUGGCAGUGCUGUCCUCUCUUACCUGCUGGGAGGAGCUGGUGACAGAGUGGGCCAGCAUCAUGGACUCGCUGACGGCUGUGCUGGCACGCACCGUCUACGGCCUGGACAUGGGCAGCCUGCCUCUGGACAAACUCAGUGAACAGAAGGAGAAAAAGCAGAGAGGCCGUGGAGUGAUCCAUGACUCCCAGAAGGGCGCAGUAGUGGCGCGCUCCUUCUCACUGAGCUGGAGGAACCAGGGGGAGCAGGGCGGGCCUGCGGUUCAAGAGCCCAUGAGGAUUCGCUCUGCCACCACGUCAGGAGCUCCUGGCGUGGAGAAUGCCCGAAACAACGUCCGUCAGAAAGCCUCUGCUAAGCGAAGCCAGUCCAUCAGCAACUGUGUUCAUCUAUGCGAGGCUAUUCCCACUACUAAAAGUGUUCCUAUGCUGCUCCACACUGUGAGCUCUUUCUUGCCUGGUAUCUCUUCUGGUAACUCUGCUUGUUCUCACAGACUCUCAGAUGUGGAGGAAUGUCAGCUGUCAGAAUGUGGGGGGGAGGAGGAGCUGGGAGGCAGGGAAAGCCCUCUGCCACGUAGCAGCAGCACCUCCGACAUCACCCAGCAGCUGUCUGAAACUCUACCAGCCCAGAAGAGAGAGUACUCCCCGACUUCCUGUGGCUCAGAUAGCAGGACGUCUGAGGGCAGAAGAGAAAGCAGUGAGCCACCAAUGAUCCUCAUCCGACAGAGCAGCAGUACGGCUGAGACAGAGUACAACGCUGAGGGACAGACUAACUACACAAUGCCCAAGCUCAGAGAGAAAAGUGAGAGUAUAAGCAGCGAGACGUCCAACGGCUACCUCAAUGAAGCCGAGGUUACCUGGCAGGCCUUCGACGAGGAGGCUGACACUCAGUCCACACAGUCCGCCCACAUGGAUGUGACGACUGACCCCCAGAGCCAGGGGAGUCUGCUGCUCAGCCACAAUGAGGCUCUGGCAGGUCCUGAGUGUGCCCUCCCUCCCCACUCCGCACCCCCGUCCUACCACCACCACAACCACUACCACUACCCUCAGAACCCCCCCGCCUCACCAGCCCUGCUGGUGCACACAGAGUGCCCUCGGGACUGCCCUCUGGAAGACACCAUGCAUCAGUCUGUCUUACACAUGCCACACCACUUGGACAGCAGCGAGUGUCUGGCUGAUGACGUCAGCAUCAUCGCUGGUGGGACCCUGACUGGUUGGCAUGCUGAUUCCGCCUUCGUCCUUUGGAGGAGGAUAUUGGGCAUCCUGGGAGAUGUCAACAGUAUCCGCUGCCCAAAAAUCCACGCCAAGGUCUUCUCAUAUCUCUAUGAGCUCUGGCACAAGCUGGCCAAGAUCCGGGACAACCUUGGCAUCAGUGUGGACAACCAGUCUUCUCCCCAACCUGCCUUCAUCCCUCCUCUGCGAAUGCUUGCCUCAUGGCUCUUCAGGGCCACCAUGCUACCUGCAGAAUACAAGGCAGGCAAGCUGCAGGCCUACAAGCUGAUCUGUGAGAUGAUGACCAGGCACCAGGAUGUGCUCCCCAACAGUGAUUUCUUGGUGCACCUCUACUACAUCAUACACAAGGGCUUCUCCAGCGACGACCAGGAUGUUUUGAACACCAUCAUCUGCUCCUGCUCCCCUCGAUUCUUUUACCUCGGCCUACCGGGCUUCACCAUGCUAAUUGGAGAUUUCAUCACUGCUGCCGCCUGCGUUCUCAGCUCCGUUUCCCCAGAGGCUCCAAGGAUGGAGGCUCAAACAGUCCUGGGCUCUCUGGUGUGUUUCCCCAACCUGUACCUGCAGAUUCCUGUGCUGCAACAUGUGCCUGGCUCUGAAGAAAUCCUUGUAGGCAAUGAGGAUAUCAAGGAUUACCUGGUCAACAUCCUGCUGGAAACAGCAACAAAGGAACACUGUGAAGGGGCCAGGUGCAUCGCUGUGUGCAGUCUGGGCCUGUGGGUGUGUGAAGAGCUGACGCAAAAGAACAUCCACCAGCAAGUUAAAGACGCCAUCAACGUCUUGGCAGUAACACUAAAGUUUGGGAACAAGGCCGUGGCUCAGGUAGCCUGCGACGUGUUUCACCUGCUCAUUUCUCACUGGGAACAACUCAAGAGGUUUGAGUCCACUCUGCCGAAGAAAAUCAUUGAGAUCUUUGUGGCCACAAUAGCCUUUUUGUUGCCGAGCGCGGAGCACUCAACAGUGGAAGCAGACAAAAAGUUGAUGGUUUCGCUGCUGCUUUGCCUGUUGGACUGGUGCAUGGCUGUGCCCUUGAGUCUCUUGCUGGAGCCCAUCACCAUGCCUUCAGUGGAUGAACGCACUUCCCACAAGGCCCCACUGCUGGACUACAUCUACAGGGUGCUGCACUGCUGCGUGUCCGGCUCCACCCUGCACACCCAACAGAGCCACUACCUCCUCAGCCUGUCAGACUUGUCCAAUGACUAUGACCUCAUGUUGGGUCAGGUUAAGAGCUUUGAGCCGCCGCCCUCCCAGUCAACCACUACUGAUUUUGGCAACCUGCUCACAGUAGCUGAAGAAAAGCGACGUCGGAACAUGGAGCUGAUACCUCUGACAGCCCGGAUGGUCAUGACCCACCUAGUGAACCACCUGGGCCAUCAUCCACUCAGCGGUGGCCCCGCCCUCCUCCACAGCCUAGUGAGCGAAAAUCACGACAACCCAUUUGUGGAGUCGUCCGAGCUUUCGUCCGAGGUCUUCAAAAGCCCAAACCUGCAGCUGUUUGUCUUCAACGACAGCACGCUGGUGUCCUACCUUCAGAUCCCCACUGAGACGCCCACCGUUGGCCAGCCCCCCAACACCUCCUCCCAAGUGCGAGUCAUCGUGCGGGACAUCUCUGGCAAAUACUCCUGGGAUGGCGCAAUCCUCUACUGCACCACCCAAGAAGACUCCAUGGACAUGGGAGUUUUUACUGCUGUAGACCGCCCACUUUCUACCACCACUAUUGCUCACAGCAGAAACCAGCCCCAGUCUCCGACAAAGGGGCCGCACAAAACUAAUUUCUCAGUCUCUGACUCCCUCUCUGACUGUUGUGACGAGGAGGAGGUAGAUGUUCUGGAUAAGCUGAUGGAGGACCUCGGCCACAGCAGCUCAGAAUGCCUGACUCAGCCGCAACUCCAACUCAAUCAGCCAGCCUCCUCGCCCCAUGGCAUGAACAUAGAGCAAGAGGGCGCCAUCCUGGAGGCCAUCCUCCGUCAGACCCAGGAGGAGGAGGAGCAAGUGAGGAGAUGGGACGCUGAUGUAAGCUGUCGGGCUGCCUGCCAGGGGGAACCCUCCCACCAGGACCCAAAAGCUCCUUUCUACUUCUGCCGGCUGCUGCUCAAUGACCUUGGCAUGAACUCUUGGGACCGCAGGAAAAGUUUCCACUUGCUGAAGAAGAAUUCAAAGCUCUUAAGAGAACUGAAGAACUUGGAUUCCAGGCAGUGUCGAGAAACGCACAAGAUUGCUGUGUUCUACAUUGGAGAGGGACAAGAAGACAAGUGCUCCAUCUUGUCCAACAGCGCAGGCAGCCAGGCCUAUGAAGACUUUGUGUCUGGACUGGGAUGGGAGGUGGACCUAGCCACACACUGUGGCUUUAUGGGUGGCCUCCAAAGGAACGGCAGCACAGGUCUAACAGCUCCUUACUAUGCUACCUCCACUGUGGAAGCCAUCUUCCACGUCUCCACGCGAAUGCCAUCUGAUUCUGAUGACAGCCUCACCAAAAAGCUGCGUCACCUGGGAAACGACGAGGUACACAUCGUGUGGUCAGAGCACACUAGGGACUACCGACGUGGCAUCAUCCCAACUGACUUUGGAGACGUGCUGAUCAUCAUCUACCCGAUGAAGAACCACAUGUACUUCAUCCAGAUCAUGAAGAAACCACAGGUUCCUUUCUUUGGGCCUCUGUUUAAUGGCGCCAUUAUCACUGGGACACUGCUGCCAAGCUUGGUGCGGGCCACCUGUAUCAACGCCAGCAGAGCUGUCAAGUCCCGUCUGACUCUCUACCAGAGCUUCUAUGAGGAGCGGGCACUCUACUUGGAGGCCAUUGUUCAGAACCACAGAGAGGUCAUGACCUUUGAAGACUUUGCCUCGCAGGUCUUCUCCCCCUCUCCUGGCUACCCAAUGAGUGGGACAGCGUGCAGGCGUUGGCCGGGGAUGGUUUGGGACAUGGAGUACCCCUGGGCCAAACUGGACUAUUAAAAAUAUCUUAAAGGUCCAAAUGUAAAUGGCGAAGGUUCCUUCACCGGCAGCACGAGCACCGAGGCCAGUGCUCAAGCAGCAGCAGCCGCGGCGACGGACUCUGUCGACCAGGUCUCACCCCCCAUGCCCCGUGCCACAAAGAACCGGGUCUCCGGAAAGCUCCGCC